CUGCUCCUUUGCAAGCAAGUUCACCUCCAGCCCCCAGACAUGUCCUGCUGCAGCCCAUGCCAGCCCUGCGGCCCAACCCCGCUGGCCAACAGCUGCACUGAGCCCUGUUGUGUGAGAUGCCAGAGCUCCACCGUUGUCAUCCAGCCCUCCGCCGUGGUGGUGACCCUGCCCGGACCCAUCCUCAGCUCCUUCCCACAGAACACCGCCGUGGGCUCCUCCACCUCCGCUGCCGUUGGCAGCAUCCUCAGCUCUCAGGGGGUGCCCAUCAGCUCCGGGGGCUUUGACCUCUCCUGCCUGGGCAGCGGCUACUGCGGCAGGAGCUGCCCCCCCUGCUAGAGCUGCCACAGGCAGCCCCACAGCAGGACUCCCUGCAACCCACAAGAUGGUAAUGAACUGACCCUGGAGAUCCUGGACAUCGCUUUCAGAGGGACUCAGCACCCGUGGCUCCAGCUGCACAGGCAGCAGCAGUGAGGGCUCGCCUGGGCUCUCUGAAAUGUGGCUCCUGUCUAUCUUACCUGCUCCUACCUCUCUUUC